UAGCAGCCGCGAGGAUGAUCCAAUGAUGUUUUCUGGCUGCGAGUGCCAAGGGGUAAUUGCAAUACGGGCAUUGACCGUGACAUGAGGGGUAGUCCAUUCAAGCCUCGCCAUUACAUCCAAAAUCCCUUGGCGAAUGAAGGCAAGGCGAACCACCCCGCUUGAGACACACAUCUUCUUCGGUCCUUCUAGUGCCAUAUCAGCGGAAAGGUACACAGAUAUUGCAUUAUACGAGUAUGGUUCUUCAAUUGGAAUUCGUUCUUGGAAAUAAUCAAGUGGUUCAGACGCAAGCUAAUGUAAGGGCGUUAUCUGCCCAUUAGUCGUCCCAAAAUAUCUCCUUUGCGGUGGUAGAUGCCAAAGUAUGUCGAUCUGUGAUAGAUCGAUGGCAAAGAUAUGGCCUACCAAUGACUUUCGGGUUUUUCUUUCCGAAGAACCGGAAGUCGAUUCUCUAGAUAAGAGGCAGGGAAGACACGGAGCGAAAAGAGCAAUUAGAGCCGUGAAUUGCCUAUAAAUUCCGUUUAUCUUUUGAUUCUCGCUUAUGAUUGGUCAUUGACUUUGAGCUUUUGAAUUUACAUUCAAUGGAUUUCGAGGUGAAUGGCACUGUAGAUAGCUUGGACUUGCAUCGCCUCACUUGAGCACGCACAUGCACCUUGAAGUUGCAGCAACAUAAAGACCCUCGGUCGCCCUCCUCCUUACUUCAACCCCCCCUCCGUCGUACACACUCCAACCUGCUCGGCGAAACCACCAGCGAUUGCGAAAAUAAAUUGCGGACACAGAUUGCGAACACAGCUUGCGAACACAAAUCGCGAAUAUGGCUACUAAUCCCGAGGCCCUCGAAGUCAUCCCCCCUUCCACCGUACCUGGCGAGAAGCCAAAAGGUGCUGGUCGCGUAUAUCGAUACGACGAUUACGACGAUGAUAUUCAAGGCGAUCACCCCACUGAGGAGGAAUUUCACACCCUUCGACGAGUUGCGGACAAGAUUCCUUUCGCCAUCUAUACCGUAGCUUUCAUUGAACUCUGCGAGCGGUUCUCUUACUAUGGUACCACUGUUGUGUGUAAGUUGAUCUCAUAUUCCUCUCAAGUCUGCAUACUUCACCUUUGCGAUUUCGAUCUGGACUUUGCCGCAUGAAGCUCGGAUUGUCAAUAUCGCAAGCGCUUUCAACACACGAAUAAAACAGCUAAUUGCCUCCUUCAAUUACCUCCCCCUCUACUCUUCUCUAACUUUCAUAGUUACCAACUUCAUCCAACAACCCUUACCUGAUGGAUCCAACACUGGCGCAGGAUUCACCGAUGGUCAAUCUGGAGCUCUCGAUAAGGGACAACGGGCCUCAACUGGAAUUACCACCUUCAACCAGUUUUGGGUUUAUUUGAUUCCUCUCUUUGGUGCUUAUAUGGCAGAUGCUCGCUGGGGACGUUAUAAGACUAUAGCUAUUGCUGUAAGUAACUAAUUCUCACUACCUCUCGUACUCUUUCUCGCUUACACGUUAUUGCCUUUUUCUCUUCUCUCUGUCUUUCAUUUCUAAAAUUGCGAUUAAAAUGCUAACAUACUCUAGCUUGCCAUUGCCAUCAUAGGUCAUGUAAUCUUGAUCAUCUCCGCCAUCCCCCCAGUCAUCGUCAAACCCAAUGCCUCAAUGGGAAUCUUUAUCGUCGGACUAAUCAUUAUGGGUGUCGGAACCGGAACCUUCAAACCCAACAUUUCACCCUUGGUUGCCGAACAACUUCCCUUGACCAAGAUGAUCGUCCGCGACCUGCCAUCCGGAGAACGAGUCAUCGUCGACCCAGGCGUUACCCAAACUAGAACGUACAACUACUUCUACCUCUUCAUCAACAUCGGUGCCCUCCUCGGACAAAUCGCUAUGGUGUACUGUGAGAAAUACGUCGGCUUCUGGUUGUCGUUCCUCUUGCCUACUCUUAUGCUCUGUCUCUGUCCUCUGGUUUUGAUCUGGGGAAAGAAGCGAUAUAAGCGAACCCCCGCAACAGGCUCGGUCUUGAGCAAAGCCAUGAGACUCUUCAUCCACGCAAACAAAGGUCGCUGGUCACUCAAUCCAGUAGCAACCUACAAGCGCCUCCACGACGGUACAUUCUGGGAGGACGUUAAGCCAUCUCGUAUUGAUCCUUCUCUCCGCCCACGUUGGAUGACCUUCAACGACCAGUGGGUUGACGAGGUCCGUAGAGGUUUCCACGCUUGUUCUGUAUUCUGUUGGUUUCCAAUUUAUUGGCUAACAUACAACCAACUGAAUAACAAUCUCGUUAGUCAGGCUGCGGUGAUGAAGCUUAAUGGAUUGCCGAAUGAUGUGUUGUCAAAUUUGGAUCCGUUUGCGCUGGUUAUUUUGAUUCCGAUUUGCGACUUGGUGCUCUAUCCCACAUUACGAAAGUGGAAGAUCAACUUUUCGCCUAUCAAGAGUAUGUUCUUCUCCCUCGCCUCCUCUCGCUUCCUCUCGCUUCCCCCAUCCCCAUCCUCUUCCUCACAAUUAGAUAUCACAAUAUAACUAACCCACCCCAGGAAUCACAGCAGGAUUCUUCUUGGGCUCCGCAUCCAUGGUCUGGGCCGCCGUAGUGCAAGCCUACAUCUACAAAGACUCCAUCUGCGGCAACAUGGCAGCCGGCACACUACCUGCCUCUCUCGGCGGCGACGGCGAGGAAUCCUGUCCACCAGUUAGCAUCAACGUGUGGGCGCAAACGGGGGCUUAUAUCCUCAUCGCCAUCUCGGAGAUCUUCGCGUCCAUCACGAGUCUCUCGUAUGCGUACUCCAAAGCACCUGUUAACAUGCGUAGUAUGGUCAUGUCGAUUGCGCUGUUCUCGAAUGCGAUUAGUGCUGCGCUUGGCGAGGCGUUUGUUACGUUGAGUGAGGAUCCUUUGUUGGUUUGGAAUUAUGGGAGUAUGGCUGUAAGCCCCCCCUUUCCAUCUUUUUACCAUUUUCCCUUCAUCCCUUCAUACCCCUCCUCUCCCUAUGUCUUCGGAUUUGUGAGUGUGUUGGACUAAUGUGUAACAGGUAAUCUCAUUCAUCGGCGGCAUCCUAUUCUGGCUCAUGUACCGACACCUCGACACCGCCGAAGACCACCUCAACAUGCUCCCCGCAGGCCACCUCGUCGUAAGCAAGCGAGUGGACGAUGAGGCUGAGCGAGGGGCGGAGACUAUCCCAGAGGUGAAGGAGUGAUUCGGCGACUCAUUACCGGCUUCUUAUUUCGGAUAUUUUUCUUUUCGGAGCUGAUGAAUGCAUGAAUGAUACCACUUGUAGUUGUCCUUAUUUUUCUCUUUACCUUUACUAGUCAGUGAUGAGGAUGAGAGAGAGGGGGGGGGGAGAGUUGGUGGUGGGUGUUAAUACGUAGGUGGGAGAGGGAUAGAGUUUAUGAACGAAUGAUAGUUACGUAGGAGGUCCUUUCG